AUGAUGUCACUCUACCACCAUAGCUCCCACCUGCCCCAGUCCUGCUGCAGCCCUCUCCAGCCCUGCUCCUGCCCGCACGGCCCCGGUGUGUGGACCCUCGGAUCGAAGGCCCGCAGAGUGGAGAGGAGCGGGGUGAGAGGCCAGGUGUCAGGGCUCCGCGGGAGGAUUGCUAAGCGCUAUGUGAACAGUUCUGAAAAAUGA